CAACAAGGCAGUCGUAAUUGUACCAGUAAAACAUUUUAGAAGAUAAAGCGUUUGGAAUUUGAGAAAUUAUCGUUAAUGAUUAUGAAGAAAAACAAACAGAUCAACGGAUCAACUAAAAGAAGACAAGAGAAAAUCGAGGUAAAAGAAACGAAUAGUGGUGACAACAGAUUAGAAAAAUUUGACGUAUUAGACGAUGAGGAACAAGGAUUUAGUGGCUGGCUAAGAUCAGCAGAUGGCCUUGAAACAAUGAAGUUAUUUGUCGUUGCCAACAGUAUAGUAAUGAUAACAACCUUGGCAUUACCACACGUUCAAACUGUUUUUCAAAUCAUAUCAGAAAUGUUCUAUGUGCCCGAAGGCUUGCAUAUCGAGUAUGAAUAGUAAUUAGGUAUUUAUAUAACAUUCCUUUUCUUUCAGGGUUUAACUUAAUCUGUAUAUUUCUAAUAUACCUUCUUUGUAUAAUUAUUUGCUAUAGUAACAUCAGCUAUAUCUAACAUACAAAAUAUUAAGAGUUAUUUUCAAAAUACUAUGUUUACGUUAAAGUUAUGCAAAGAAAGAAGCUCACAUACGUGUGAAUAAGGUAUUAGUAUUUUUUAUACCUACUAGACAACACUGUUGCAAUAAUUGAAUAUAAUAAUGAUGGUCCAUAUUUUA